AUGGUGACCUUGUGCCCUGCGUUCCGUGAACACGGCAUAUGUCCCAAUCCCGCGUGUAUUCAUUCGCAUGAGCUCUUUCCAUGCGAGCUUUGCCAUGUUGCUUUCACGGAACGGCGUCUCCUCGAUGAACAUUUACGUUCGAAGCCACACAGGAAACGGGUCAAUACACAUCCCACGGGCGGUAUCGCAGUGGGAUACUGCGAGCUCUGCGAUAACAACACGAUAUUGGGUGUAUGGGAGACGCACAAACGAGGGCGGCGUCACCGUGAACUGGCGAGGAAGUCGAGCGUGGAUCCGUUGAGCGUCGUACCCAAACCACCGAAGGACAUUGGCGGCUUCAAAUUUGUCGCUUGCGACGCCUGUGACGUACUCGUUCAUUUGGAGCAGUUGGCUCAACACGAGCGUUCUGGCGCCCAUCGGAACGGCUUAUCGUUUACCGCUCUCAGGAACGUCUUGAACGAGGCGGCGCAGGAUAGGAAUGGGGUCUCUUUGUCGCAUGAAGAUGGUGUCGACUUCGGACUUGUGGAAGCUGCGCAUGCUGUGCAGGGUCUCCGUAUAGACGUUCAGAUGACGACGGCGCCGGGGGCACGCAUACGAGUCGUCGCAGUGAGAUGCGCUGAGAGACGCGCGGGCGCUGGAAGUUUCACAGUGAUUACAGCAUCGGGCGGUCUGAACUCAAAUGACACCGUGAUCGUUACCCUCAAGCAGUCUAUGCUUGGGGAAUACGACGACAGGCUCGAAGUUGUCUUCGAGGACCUCGCAGUCAGACUCGAGUUUACCAUAGCCCGCGAUCUCCGCGCGACUGUGGUCGGCAGCCGUGAGGUUCACGAACUUCUCAAGCCUGUCUCGCCGUACAUUCAGCGACUACGCGUGACAGACCGUGACCGCGAGGUGGUUGCUCUCAGAGGGGUCCCGCCACCGAUUCCAAAGACACUUCUUCUUAAAGCGAAGAGGUUGCCCCUGUACGAGAUUCCGAAGCCUCUCAACGACAUUCUUGCAAAGGCACAGAAGGAGCUCGAUGCGACCAUCUUCAAGAUCCGUAUGUCAUAUCUGCCGUCUGUACUGAAUGGCGAAUCGUACGGGCAACAUUGGAAGGCCCUUCUCUGGGCGGAGGAACAUCGUGCAGAGCUUGACUUGCAGAUCUUCGACAUAGAUGACGCCAUCUUGGAAAAAAGCGGAGGAGGAUUCCUGUACUGGUUGCGCGUCCCAGGCCUGGCCGAGAAGAGGCCGAGUGUGUUGCGCGGCGAUCGUAUGCACGUACAGCCUCGGAACACAAGAGACGCUAAAUCAUGGUUCGAGGGUCACGUCCACGAAGUCGCAGAGCUACGCGUCGGACUUCGCUUCAACAACAAGUUCCCAGUCCCGAGCCCGGCCCAACCCUUCGAGGUUCGCUUCAAGCUGAACCGGACACCAUUGCGUCGUCAACAUCAAGCCUUGGAACAGGACUUAUACCGCAGUGAUAGAGUCUUGUUCCCCAAAGCCGAACACCUCCUACCACCGCUCAGCCAGCCUGUCCAGCCAGGGGAGGUCCAUCUUUUCAACGAACAUAUUGUGAACAACCAGUCUCAGCUCGAUGCUGUGAUGGCAAUCUUGAAUCUGCCGGAGGGAUCGCCGCCUUUCGCACUGUUCGGCCCGCCCGGGACGGGGAAAACCGUUACUCUGGUUGAGGCGGCUCUCCAAGUCAUAACCCAGUUUCCCAACUUCAAGCUACUUGUCACGGCGCCGUCCAACUCGGCUGCGGACCUCGUAGCACAAAGACUCAGCGCAGUUCUCAGGCCUGAUGCGCUCUUUCGUCUAUACGGACGUAGUCGACAGAAGAAGGACGUGCCCGAAAACUUGCUUCCGUACACCCUCGUGGAUGGAACCGAGCUCGACAUCCCGCCACUCGAGAAGCUCACGAAGUACCGCGUUGUCGUGUGCACUUGCGUCUCGGCGGCAGUCCCAUAUAAUCUCGGUAUACCGCCGGGUUACUUCAACGGCAUCUUCGUGGACGAAGCAGGACAGGCUACCGAGCCUGAAGUCAUGAUCCCCAUUAAGACUAUGGCGGACGACAAGACGAACAUUGUUCUCGCCGGUGAUCCUAAGCAGCUAGGUCCGGUCAUACGGUCGAUGGUGGCUCGCAGGCUGGGAUUGGAGAAGAGCUACUUGCAGAGGCUCAUGGACAGUCAAGACAACUUAUACGACCCUCAUGAAGGGCAUGGAAGGACUGUCGUCAAACUGGUCCAGAACUACAGAUCACAUGAAGCCAUACUAACCUUCCCGAAUCAAGAGUUUUACGACAAUGAGCUCGUGCCUUGCGCGCCCGCCGUGAAACGCAACGCCUGCAUUGGCGCAUCGGUUCUUGUGAACAAACAUUAUCCGGUAGUAUUCCACGCCAUUGUCGGCUCAAACGAGCGCGAGUCGACGUCUCCUUCGUACUUCAACAUCCUGGAGGCAGAGCAAGUGAAGCGGUAUAUUGACGAACUGAUCGCGGACAAGCGUAUCAACGUCCGCUACGAGGAUAUCGGAGUCAUAGCUCCGUAUCAUGCACAGGUACUGAAGAUACGCAAGCUGCUGCGUGAGAAAGGGAAGGAGGGCGCGAGGAAGAUCAAGGUCGGCUCGGUCGAAGAGUUCCAGGGGCAGGAGCGCAAAGUCAUCUUCGUAUCGACGACUCGCAGCUCGCGCGAACUGGUUGCAUACGACCUCAAGCAUACGCUCGGCUUUGUCGCCAAUCCUCGACGCUUCAACGUCGCCGUCACCCGCGCUCAAGCGCUGCUCAUCAUCGUCGGCAACCCGAACGUGCUUUCUCUCGACCCACUGUGGCGCCGCUUCCUCAAUUCUGUCCACCAGAAUGAUGGCUGGCGAGGGCCGUCGAUUCCUUGGGACCCCGAAGACGAAGUCGACGAGAAUGGCGAAUACGAUGCUCAGGCUCGGGCCAGUGGCGCAGCCGAAAUCACUGAUCUCGCGAAUCGGAUGAGAGGGGUGGAAAUUGGAGGCGAAGAAGAGGCUGCUGAAGACAAGCCGUUCCGCGAGGUGGAAUGA